GUUGGCGCGAGAAGAUACUGCUUCAACGUCGAUCUGAUUCACGGAAAAUGGGUUCAAACCCGCCGUUUGUUCUCGAGAUCGGACCCGAUGGUAUUCCCAAAGAAGCUUCGGUUAUCAGUUACACAGAACAGAUAAUCGAAGCAGAGCAACUUCAAUUGAAGAAAUACAUUGAGGAAAACUAUUCUAAAAUUCGUGAUGUGGAGCGUGAGCUUGCAAAUCUGGGAUUGGAGAUGAAACUUACAUCUGGACCAAAGAAAGCAGCGUUGGAACAUAUGAGAACAAAGAUAGAGGCAUCAACAGAGAAAAUUCGUGUGGCAAAGCUAAAGGAAGAACAGGCACAUAAGGCGUGGGAAUCAGCAUCCAAAGCAGUGAGGGAUGAAGAGCAAAUAAAGCAGAAAUUAUGUGAAGACUUAAGUAAACUGGUAGAAGAGAGCAAUAACUCUCAGUUGUCUAGGCUGGAGGAAUUAAAAAGACGAUUGGAAGCUAUGAAUCCAAACCGGCAGUCAAGUAGUCUUCACAGUGCUGGGAGAUCAAGUUCUCUGGAUAGUGCAAUCCAAGAUGGCUCCUCCCUUCCCAGCACAAGGGAAUCAAAUGAAGGUUCGGCUGUGAAUGUUCCGUACCAAAAUAAUGGUCCGAAUGUUCCAGAGGCCAAUGAGCAUAAACCGCAUCCUCCUAGUGAAGGAGAACAAAGAAAUAAAAAGAAAGUUAACCUAAGAGGUAAAGGAAUUGGUGCAGUGCCCAAGACUAGGUCUUCAACUCCUGACUGGACUGGUUCUGGUUUUAAUGUAGAUGGCAGAAAUUAAAGGUACUAUGGUAAUGCGUUACUGCACCAGAUACAUUUGGCUGAGAAGUCUUUACGAUCUGCGGAAGGUAAUAACAUCUUUCAAUUUUCCAUUCUUUAAUUCUCCCUAUUUUGUUCACUGUUGACACAGAAUGACCGAACUAAGGAUUAAUCUUUACUAGCCUGCUUGUUUGUACAAACUUGUGAAUAAGAUAUU